CGCGCAUUGCAUAAAUAUUAGUUUGCGUGGGCGCGCAGUAGACAAAACAUUGACUUUCCACCGCUUUUCCUCGCAUUUUCCUCUUGUUGAUUAAAUAACCAGACAAGUGCCAAGUGCAGUUGUCAACCGAAAUUAGCCAAAAAAUGUUUGCACUUUCUCGCCACGCACUGCGUCGCACUCGAGUUUUCGCAAUUAAUCGCUUUUUUGCAGAUUCACGUCAAGACAGCGACAAUCCGGCAAAGAAGUAUUCCGGGCAAACGACGAUGGACAACAAGAGCGAGAAGGUUACGGUGAACAAGGAGGAGCUGCGCAAGCGCCUGACCCCGAUGCAGUAUCAGGUUACCCAGGAGGCGGGCACCGAGCGUCCCUUCACAGGUUGCUACAACAAGCACUACGAGAAGGGCGUGUACCAGUGCAUCGUGUGCCACCAGGAUCUGUUUAGCUCGGACACCAAAUACGACUCGGGAUGCGGAUGGCCGGCCUUCAACGACGUCCUCGACAAGGGCAAGGUCACCCUGCACCGCGACGCCAGCAUACCAGUAGUCAUUUCGAAAACGCUAGGCAUGGUGCGCACCGAGGUGCGCUGCUCCCGGUGCUCCGCCCACAUGGGCCACGUCUUCGAUGAUGGACCGCCGCCCAAGCACCGCCGCUUCUGCAUCAACUCCGCGUCCAUUGAUUUCGUGAGGAGCGCGGCGCCAUCGAAGGCCGAUCCCCCGACGGCCUCGUCCAAGAAAUAAUGAACGAUCUGUCUGCGAACCGCGAGGAAUAUUACACCCGGAGGAGUCCCCCAUACAUAUAUAAACCUGGAAGAUCUCUAUAGUCCUCUAAAGAGCUUCAUGCCUCACAAAAAGAUAUUUAGCUAUUUUAUAUAGGAGUUUAUUAUGCAAAAAUGUUUAACAAAACACAAAGCUUGUACACGAGAACGAUGUUUGGAAAUGUAUUACGGAACGAGGAGUGAGAGAUUAGUGUUGUAGAUCAGUCCAGGAUCCCAUUUUUCUAUCUUUUCUAUCACCGUUUCAUCUAAGUCUACUCUAUUUCGGUUUCAAACUGUUAUAUUAUACUAAUGGAAGCUGAAUUUUUUAAAAUUGUAUGCAAGUUUUGUAAACGGAACAGGGGAAUCUAUUAUUCCUUGAUUUGGUUUCGCUUCUUUUUGGUUUACUAUCAUAUUUCAAAAUCUACUUCUCCGAAAAAAUCUCUUUCUUUUGCAUUCCCAUUGUAAUGUUAGGAACUUAUUGUUCGUUAAUAAAAAAAAUUAACAUAUUUCGUAGGAGUUUACAUGUUAAUAAGAAAUUAAGUUUGCGCAAGGCUAAAAAUAAAGUUGAAGGAUCAGACUAGGGUUCCUUUUUUAUAUGGUUUAUCUAUCUAUAUUUCGGUUGUACCAUUUUCACCCCUCUUUUGUUUUAAAGUCCACAACAUAAAAUGGAAAACAUAUGAGCUUUUUUCACAUUCCCAUUUCGAUCAUUAUUCAAGGUCGGUUGGCAUUAUUUUUGGGCCAGGGCCAUUAUGUGUAUGUCAGUAUGUGUGUAGUGCUUUAUUUAUAAAUAUUUCCGCAUAUGUAUUUUAUUUGCUGGUGUAAUUUGGUUAUUUUUAUGAUUUUGUAUUUACCUUUAAGUUUUUUGCUUCUUACUCAUGCCCAAUGAUUUUUUGAAUAACAUAAAUCGAAUACUGUAACACUAACAUUAUAUCCAUAAACUUUUUAGAGUGUCUCAAGCAAACCGAAUAAUGUGAAUUUUCGUAUAUUUUCUAUUUCUCUUUUUUUAACUCGCUUCCGAAACAAAAAAAAACAACUAAAUGUACAACGCCUGUAAACGUUAUUUGGGGGUUUGUUUUGCUAACAACAAAAACACGACACUUACCAACUCAUUGCUGAAAUUGUAACACUCAAAAACACGACACAUCGAAUGCUUAAUUAACCCAAACAAAAUCUGUACGCCAAAUCACUCGGAAAUCCAUCUGUAUUACGGAUUUGCCAUUUAUUUUCACCCAUUUUAUGUGAUUUCCCUUCUUGCAUAUUUAUCAACUGCCGCCGUCCAUUGUUAUUUAUCGCUCUCUCUGCUGCACCUCCUCCUACGCCCUGUUCUUCGCCUCUCUGAUUUGCACUUCCAUUUCUUUUUUACCGUUAUUUCUUCGAUCUGUCUCUGUUUUUCUCUCUGCUUUUCAUUUAUCAUCCAUUUUGCAAUCAAUUUUCUAUUUCUGUUGAUUUGUUUACAACGAAAACUUUGAAUUAACCUUGCAAAACGAUCCGAAAAAAAAUUGAAAAUAUUGUAAAAAAAAAAAAAAAAAAU